GUUUUUCAAAGCCUAUUUUCCUUUCAUGUUUGAGAAUGCCGGAGGGUCCUGAGCUCCAUUUGGCCAGCCUGUUUGUCAACAGGAUGUGUGAAGGGCUUGUGUUUUCUGGAGCCGUAGAGAAGUCUGAAGUGAAUAAAAAUCCUGAGGUCCCAUUCUGCUGCGAUGCCUAUUGCAUCAAAGCCCAGUCCAGAGGAAAAGAGGUCAGACUCACACUCACGCCCAUUAAAAAUGAUGACAACGGUAAACGCAAAGUCAGUAAACAUCAGUCCCAGCAGCCGAUGGAUGUGGUUUUCCGAUUUGGGAUGUCAGGGUUUUUCCACUUCACCUUAGUAGACGACCUUCCAAAACACGCCCACCUGCGGUUCUACACUAAAGAGAACCCACGCAGGGUUCUGAGUUUUGUGGACACACGCAGAUUUGGCAGCUGGCACCCAAAUGGGACAUGGCAAAAAGACAGAGGGCCUUGCGUCAUGUUUGAGUACAAGAGCUUCCGGGAGAAUGUUCUUUCAAAUCUGUCUGACAAGGCAUUUGACAAACCCAUCUGUGAGGCGCUCUUAAAUCAGAAGUAUUUCAACGGGAUUGGGAACUAUCUUCGAGCAGAGAUUUUGUUCAGAUUACAAAUCCCCCCAUUUACGAAGGCACGGACGGUUCUAGAGGGUAUUGAGCUGAAAGACGAGGAUAAAAAAGAGAUCAAAAAGACAACAGAUACAGCUGGUAAGAAGGGGGUGAAGGUUGAGACUCCAGACCUCCUUUCUUUGUGUCACGAUGUUCCCUUCGAGGUUGUGAAACUGGGUGAAAAUGGCUAUGCACCAGCAAAAGGGGAAUAUUCUGUGCUACAAGCCUGGAUGCAGUGUUACUCUGUGGAUGGAAUGAACUCAAUAAGUGACCACAAUGGACGGACAAUUUGGUUCAAAGGGGAUCCUGGACCUAUGGUGCCCAAAAAUGCCAAAUCUCGCAAAAUGAAGUGGAAAAUACAGAAAGAUGAUGAUUAUACUGAUUCAAAGAAAGCCAAAAAGACACGCACCGACAGCAUUGAAAUAAAAAAGCCUGCCAAGAAAAAGGACAACAUAAAGGUAAAGAAAGAAAGUGCAACCUCCAAAGCACAAAGUGGUUCAAAAAGGCAGAAAAAAGUCACAAAAAGGGUCAGUACAGAACCUGCAGAUGAGAACAAAAAGUCGAAAAAUCAAGGAAAGAGAAGCUCAAAAGUUCCUCCAAGGACUGGAACUAACAAAAUCAAAGGGCAGCGUGUGAAGGAAGUGAAUAAAACUAAAAGGAAUUCCGUUACCUGCAGGAAAAGUGCAACAAAAGCAAAGCCACAGCAGAGAAGUAGUGGGACAAGGCGAGGCCGUUCCAGAUGAUGUGAUUCAAAUCUGAAUACUUUUCAAAAGGAGAUGAAUCAGCAAACUACUGUAAUGGACCACGCAGACUUUUUAUAUUCAGUAAAAACUUCAUAAUCUAUUUUUAACAUAUAUAAAGUAUGUAUACAAAAAAAUAAAUACUUAAAAUAUAUAUAUAAAAAUAUAUUUCCUUUAUUGCUGGUUGUUUAUAUGACCAUCUUGCUAAUUUCUUUUCCUAAAAUGUCACUUACAAAGAAAGGAAGUUGAGAGUAUUAUAUUGCAAAUCUUACAUUGCAAUUUAUUUACAAAAAAUAUAUAUAUAAGCUCAUGUGAAAAAAAAAAAAAUGUAUUCAAUCAUUUAAGAAGGUGAAUAUGUUUAUCAAACACAAAUUUUCCGAAAAUGAUAGAAGCUACUCAGGGACUUAAACAAGAGAUUUAAGUACCUGCAUCAUAACUGAUAUGGAUUUAAAUGGUUCACUGUAUAAUUAAGAGGAGAGAUCUGAUUUGAAAGGGUUUGAACAUUAAGGAUAUUCCAGAGGUGGUCUUUGACACAGGAAUACUGGAAUCAGGACGCUCCAGGAGAUCACAACUGUAAAGAAAGUGAGUUAUGAGUUAAGGUGGUGAUACACUGGACAACUUUUUUAACAAUGUUCCUCAAUCAAAUUUAUAUAUUUUUUUAUUGAUUUCUUUUUGGAUCAGAUGCCACUAGAAAGCUAAUUUGGUCACUUGUUGACCAAUGUCAUCCAGAGAACCAAAAGCUUAUCUCACCUCAUGUAUUUGUCUUAAAUAUCAUAUAUUUUUGUUAAAUGCAUUGUUUCUUUUUCUUUAAAAAAUUAAUGAAAGUGUCUAUCAUAUCGCUGCAUAUUUCAGGACCAAUAAAGUUACUUACAAAUUC